ACAGAGAGAUUUAAAUUUUAAAUUUUGCCCCGAGGGGCGAGUUUAUUGGGCAGAGAGAUGUUGUCGUCCUGAAUGACAUCUUUGAGGCUCACAUUCCAUAAGUGGGGACGUAAAGAGAGAGAGAGAGAGAAGACUCGCAAAUAUUAUUUAAGCAGUCUACGAGUGUCUGAGAAUAUUUUUGAUAAGAAGAGAGGCUGGCGGCAAGAUGGCCAACGCACUACGAGCGAGGCUUCUCGGGAAGAACUCUGCCUUUCUUGGAAUAUCCCAUGUCUUCCCCUCCUCACGUCGCGUCAUCUCCUCCUCACGUCCCGUCAUCUUCUCCUCACGUUCUGUUCUCCCUGGAGCUUCUUCUGGCCCCUGGAGGUCCCGGGAAAUGUCCUCCAUAGCCGGAGUGGCGCCCUCGCUGGCCACGACAGACUCCCACUCUCUCCCUCGGCCACACUCUGAGAUCCCGGGUCCCAGGUCAUGGCCGCUGCUGGGGACCUUACCUGCCGCAUACUCCGACCCAGAUUAUGAUGUUUCACGGAUCCCACGUCUCUGGAGAUCCUAUUUCAAGAAAUACGGACCAAUUUUCAAGCUGAAUCUUCUUGGGCAGGGAGACGUUAUUUUCAUCUCUGAUCCCACUGACAUUCAACAUCUCUACAGAGAGAUGGCUGACAAUCCAACUAGGCCAAUUUUAGAUUCUCUUAGAAAAAUUCGCAUGAAGAACAAGGCUAAAUUUUUUAAGACAUCUGGAACAGGCGUCCUUACCGAGCAGGGUGAGGACUGGUGGCGGGUGAGGAGGCUAGUGCAGGUGCACUCCAUGAGGCCCAAGAACGUGGCUUACUACCUGCCACAGGUCGACCACGUGGCCCAGGAGUUCGUCGCCAGGUCAGCCGGUCAACGGGACCACAAGAAUGAGCUUCCUGGUGAUUAUGUUGAAGAGUUGUUAAAAUGGGCUUUGGAAUCCUUGGGCCUCGUGGCCCUCAACAAGCGGAUAGGGUGCUUAGAGAACAGUGAGGAGGGACAGAAGAUAAUCCAGUCAUCCAUCAGCAUGAUGGAAGCCACAGGGGACUGUGAGUUCGGCGUCCACCUGUGGAAGUACUUCCCCACAGCGCCGCUAAGACGCAUGUGGAAAGCCCACGACAAUCUCCUCGAUGUGAUCUUGGAGAAGGUUGGCCAGGCUAAACAGGACCUGGAAGCCCGUGACCCCGAGGACUCGGGCGAGCUGAACAUCUUGGAGUCUCUCCUCACCACUCCGGGUCUCUCGCUCGAGGACGUUAUCACCUUCAUGGUCGACCUCUUCUUCGCUGGGAUUGACUCGACAUCGAUGACGUCGGUGUUUACCUUGUACAACCUGGCCCGACACCCAGACAAGCAGGCCAGACUACAGCAGGAGCUGGACCAGGUACUGGGAGACGGGAGCCAGACUCUCACCACCCAUCAUAUCGCCAAACUCACUUACACCAAAGCCUGUGUGAGGGAGGCACUAAGGCUGCGGCCAAUAACGCCAAUUGUGUCCCGUCAGAUCGACAAACCCGUAACACUUCAGGGCUAUAGAGUUAAUGCUGGGGUGAGUAUUGUCAUUUAUUUCAUCUUCUGUGUCUUACGGUCGUGCAUAUCCUUGUUGAAUGUCCUGGCUUCCGGGACGAGCGUGUUUCUUGUUUUCCGACCGUCCCUCGCGGUCGCUUGUCCAUCGAUAGAAUUCUUGGUGAA